CACUUUAUGAUAGGUCCAAACCUGGCUAUGAAAGUUCUGCCUCUGAAUAUUUCAAAGUGUAUUUGCUGCACUGGCAAGGAGAGCAGACAGGAAACAGCAUGGGAAGAAAGACUAUUUUGCUCCUGUUGGUGGGCAUUUUCACGGCAUAUUAUGGUUAUACACCUCUCCCCGAUAAUAUUGAGGAGCCAUGGAAACUGAUUGGGUGGACCUUCAUAUUUAACACCAUAACAAAUGUGGCCCUGGUUGGUGAAGUCCUUGGAAUCAACCAUUACAUGAACACUGUAAGGUUUUUUAUGAGCUUUCAAGAUGUCCCACCCACAUCUGAUGAAACUGUCACUGUGACGGACACAACUUUCAGCAAUGUUCCUGUCCGUGUAUAUGUACCAAAGCGAAAGUCAGAGGCCCUAAGAAGGGGCUUAUUUUACAUUCAUGGUGGCGGUUUCUGUUUGGGGAGUGCUGCUCAGUAUUCUUAUGAUGUGCUGUCAAGACGAACAGCUAAGAGACUUGAUGCUGUUGUCAUUUCAACCAACUAUAGACUAGCACCUAAAUACCACUUUCCAAAUCAAUUUGAAGAUGUGUAUAAUGCAUUAAAGUGGUUCUUACGCAAAGAUAUUCUUAAAGGCUAUGGUGUAGAUCCCAAAAGAAUUGGUAUUUCUGGAGACAGUGCUGGAGGGAAUUUAGCUGCAGCAGUGACUCAACAGCUCAUAGAUGAUCCAGAUGUCAAGAUCAAACUCAAGAUCCAGUCUUUAAUUUAUCCUGCCCUUCAGACUCUUGAUAUGGAUUUACCAUCUUUACGGGAAAACUCACAGAUUCCACCUCUGUCCAAAUCACUCAUGGUCAGGUUUUGGAGUGAAUACUUUACCACAGAUAGAUCACUUGAAAAAGCCAUGUCCAUCAAUCAACAUGUACCAGUGGAAUCAAGCUACCUCUUCAAGUUUGUUAAUUGGAGUUCUUUGCUCCCAGAGAAUUUUAAGAAAGGGCACUUUUAUAGCAGUCCAACUCAUGGUCCUUCUGAGCUAGCUAGAAAAUAUUCAGGGUUUCUAGACGUAAGGGCAGCCCCCUUAUUGGCUGAUGACAACAAGUUGCGUAACUUACCCUUGACCUAUGUAAUCACCUGUCAAUAUGAUGUUUUAAGAGAUGAUGGAAUCAUGUACGUCACCCGACUUCGGAAUGCUGGAGUGAGGGUGACCCAUAACCACGUUGAGGGUGGAUUCCAUGGACUAAUUACUUUUCCUGGAUUUAAAAUUGGACAUAGAGUAGAAAGUCAGUAUCUGAGUUGGCUAAGUGAAAAUCUAUAGUAAAAAUCUUAGCAGUGGUUUAUAAAAAUAUAUAAGCCUCAAAUAUAAAACAAAUUAGUGAGAUUCAAAAGGUUAUGUUUAAAUUUCUCUUUAUCACUUGUGACCUUUCUAAGGUCCUCUGAACCACUGUGAUCUUGUUGUUGUUUGGGGUUUUUUUGUUUAUUUGUUUGUUUGUUUUGUUUGCUUUUUUACUGAGUGGAUUCUUCUCUAUUCUUUAUUCUAAGUGUUGUUUACUCAUAUCUGUAUCUUAGAAAAUGUCUACAUUCUUAAAUAUUUUUUCUUGCUACGAAAGUGCCUAAGAGACCACUGAUAUUAAUUUUGGUAUCCUAGAAAAGAAAUAGGCUUGCUCACAUUAAGAAGUGGAUUUUAUAGUAAUAGGUGGCAUUAUAUUGAAGCAAAUACUUUGAAAAACAGUUGGCACAGAAGUCAUAUUAGUGACCUACAAGGUUGUUUCAAGGCACUAAAUUCAUUUCAGUAAAAGCUCUGGUAUUUUACAAGCCAGAUGUGUUUGUUUAAACCUUUUUUCUCAACAAUAAUACUAUUAGAGUUAGACAAUCAAAAAACUAAGGCUAUAAAUUACAGCUAUAAGAAAUGAAUAAUGUAGUCUGUUUGUUUUAAAGAAAAUGCCACGUUUAUUACAAAAUAUGUAUGGAAAUAAAAUGGAUAUCAAAAAACAUGAUUUUUGUUUUGAGGAACCAAAUUUGGUGGAUUUACAGAUUUCAAAACAAUAUAACGCUACCGUAGUCAUGAUGGUAUGGUAUUUCAAUACAGAUAAGCAACUAGAUAAUACAACAGAAUCCAGAAACCAUUUCAUACAUUUAGAGUCAAUUGUUGAGAUAAAGUUACCAAUGUAAUUCAAUUCCAAAAGUGUUAUAUAUAUAUUUUAAAUGGUUAUUGAACAUUUGAAUAUUCAUAUAAAAUACCCUUAACCCUGACCUCGACUUACUUCACAUUAUAGACAAAAAAUUAACUCAAAAUGACUCAUUGAUCUAAAUAUAAAAACCUAAAUUUUAAAACUUCUGUAAGUUUUAUUUUUUUAGAUAGGACUACGUUUUACUUGAACUGUUGCAUCAUAUAAGCUAUCAUUGUAUUGUAGUGUCAGCUGUGUGGACUAUUUCCAGUAUUAUACAAAAAACAGUCUAGGCACUGUCAACAGGCUUAGUACAAACGAUUUUUUGAACACCGAUGUAGCAUUGUAAUGUUUGUAUUUGAAUAUUUCAUGAGCACAGCAGGAGCUUUGUGAUAUUUUUAUAAAUCUUAAUUGAAAAUUACAUUGAAAUAGUUAAUAAUUUUAUUUACAAUUCAGUCCUUUUGCUAGUAUGAAAAAAUAAGUUGGACACAUUUUAAUGCCUAAAAUGAAUGUAUAAGACUAAUGCAGGCCUAACUGGUUUGGCUCAGUGGAUAGAGCGUUGGCCUGCAGACUGAAGCGUCCCAGGUUCGAUUCCGGUUAAGGGUAUGUACCUUGGUUGCAGGCACAUCCCCAGUAGGGGGUAUGCAGGAGGCAGCUGAUCAAUGUUUCUAACUCCCUAUCCCUCUCCCUUCCUCUCUGUAAAAAUUCAAUAGAAUAUAUUUUUAAAAAUAGACUAAUGCAGUCAAACAGAGAUGCAUAAGCUAGUGCAGCUCCUGAAAGAGCUACAAAAAGACAAGACUGGAAGAAAGUAUAUUGAAAACUUUAUAACAAGUGGCAGCUGAAAUUUUCUGUAGCAGAGAAAAACAGGAGGCUACUUGUCUGUUGUAUAAAACAAAUUGUGAAAAUAAUAAAGUGGAUAAUAUGAAUAGACAUAGAGGCUAAUGCAUAAUUUUAAUAAGUUCCUUUUCAAAAGUUAAAAAAGUAACACAAUUAUUUACCUGAAAACAGAAUUAAAUGUUCAAGAAAAAUUUUGUAAAUUAUUUUUAAUGUGAUCUGAAUUUAUAACUUUGGCCAACUAUAGUUUGGAUUCUUACACUAAAAAGAAAAUCAUUUUUAGAUGGAGAGGUGGUAAUAGAUAUUAAUAAAACUACAUAUACAUAUACAUGUAGUUUUACAUAUGGCAUAUAUAUUAUUAUAAUUAUGGUGUUUAUUAGGAAAUUAUGAAAUAAAGGCUAAAAUAAUUGUUUAGAAAAGUGAAAUAUUUUAAAUUAAGACACCAAACAAUUAUAUGUAUAAUGCAAAAUAUUUGUAAUAAUACCAAAGAUCAGUUAAUUAAAAAUUUGGAAAAGUACAAGCCCUUUUAGUUUUAGAUGAGUUGUGUGAUAUGAGACACUGCUCAAUUAAUACUCUGGGUAUGUUUGUCUCAAAAAUACUCCAAAUUCACACACACACACACACACACACACACACACACACACAAAUAUGUCUACUUGUGACCAAAACUAUUGAACUCACAACAUGGAUAUGUUUGAAUAUUUUGUAUCCAUCAAAAAUUAGUUUUAACUAGUCA